AGACGCCAUAGCCGCAGUAGUUGAGUCAAAGAGAAAGAGCGAGGUAGGAAAUAUUUUAGUGCCGGAGAGAGAGAAGUGGCUCCGCAGAGCGUUAAGAUCUGGACAGAGGUAUUGAAACUUGUGAAAGGAAACGGACUAGUUAGUUCAGUAGCCUGUGAGACUUUUCCAGCUCAAGAACUUUCACCACGAAGGUUGACCGGCUUUGUUUUCGAGGGAGCGUCAGCAGCCAUUUUGGAGUGAGUGUUUACCUGUCGUUUGGCAUUUCACAUUUAGACUAUACCUGUAUGCAACAGGCUUUUGAAUUAUGAAGAACGAAAUUAGAAGUGCCACGGAUUUUCUCUCCAAUCUGUUGAGAUCUCGAAAUGUGCCUGCGGAUAGAAUUGACUCUUUUCGCACCCAUCUGCAAAAUCUUCUGUGCAACCACUAUCAAAAUCACUGGUUCCCCGAAAAGCCCUUCAAAGGGAGUGGCUACAGGUGUAUCAGAAUUAAUCACAAGAUGGACCCUAUUGUAAAACAGGCAGCAGUGGACUGUGGAAUGAACGAGGAAAAUGUUCAUACCCUCUUUCCAAGCGAACUCACAAUGUGGGUUGAUCCCAGGGAGGUUUCCUACCGCUUUGGUGAAAACGGCAGCAUUGGGAUGUUGUAUGAAAGUGACUUGCCUCAUGUUAUUAGCCAGAAACACAAGGAAAAGCAGUCUCAGCGUCAGCAGGAGUUAGCUGAAGCUAAGCAGCAGCAGCAACAACAACAGCAGCAGCAGCAGCAACAACAACAACAACAACACUCCUCUCCAAGUCUACAAGCUGAUCUCGAAUUCAAUACGAUUGGGUAUUCGUGUAAAGACCAGCUUAUGAAUGUCUUGCCCAUUAAUGUGUCCAGGGACAGUUUGAAGCAACUGGCAGCAUAUGUUUAACAGAUUCUGUCCCAUGACUCGGGUCGGCUCACGAAUCCUAGCCAAAGAUUUCAUCGGAUCAUCUGUAAAUAUCUCUGGACCACGACCACCAUCUCGUACAAUGGACUUUGAAUUCAGGAACAUAGUUCAGUAUUCAUUCUAUUUUUCAGUGAACUGUUUUGAAAAAUGGCCGUAGUGAAUUCUGAAUGUAGUGCUAGAUGAAUGUAUGUGCUAGACUGGCAGUGAUAAAAUCAAGGUAUUUAAUCCGUGAAUGUGAUGCUGGACCAACAGCCAAUCUAGUGAUGAUGGAUUUUAACUCAAUUAUGGAAUCCUAUGUAAUUUAAUCGUAAUUCUACAGUGAUUUUUGUUCCUUCAUUUUUUUCUUGAGUAUGAAUUCCCAAGAUCUGAGUGAGUGGGUCGAAAAUGUAUGUAUGGUAAGGUCAGGAUGAUUGAGUCUCUAUGUAUAGUUGUGAUUGAGAAAGUUCCUGUUCGAAGAACGGGUUAUUGUCUUUCAUUGUUUUAUUCCAACUCGCAUCCUGAUCUCCAAAACAUGCCCGACCAAAGUAUGUGGAUGUAAAUUUGUUGUAAAGCAAUCAUCUGUACAUGUACUCAUACAUUGUACAAAACAUGUCUGUACUAUGUGCAGAUGUAUCGUUUUUCAUAAAAUGAGAAAAAACAAAGAAGCAAGUGGAAUAAAUCUCAACUAUUUAUGAUGCAUA